CGUUGCUAGGAGACGGCGCGCGCGCGCGGCGCGGCCGUUGGCUGAGAGCGGCGGAGCCCCGACGGAGAGCGCAUCCCCGGGGAAAAAAGACCGAUGGUGAAAUUCCUGCAGCCAUGGCCACCCCAGACGUCAAACCAAAAUCAAUAAGUCGUGCUAAGAAGUGGUCAGACGAGAUAGAGAAUCUGUACAGAUUUCAGCAAGCAGGGUAUCGAGAUGAAAUAGAAUACAAACAAGUGAGACAAGUUGCUAUGGUAGAUCGUUGGCCAGAGACAGGGUAUGUGAAGAAACUUCAGAGAAGAGACAAUACUUUCUACUAUUACAACAAACAGAGGGAAUGCGAAGACAAAGAAGUCCAGAAAGUGAAAGUUUAUGCUUAUUAAUACUUCCUCCUUGAGUUAUAUGCUAUUUAUAAAAAAUGUCAUUUCAUGUUAAAACCGUAUAUGUUUGUGAAAGUAAAUCUGAUCUUAACCUGUA